AUGUAUGAAAUCGGUGCAUCCAUCCGGAGCAAGCUCUUGCAAGACGAGACGAUGAGAAAGUUGAGCCGGAGACAAGCUCAACCCUCAGUCCAGAUGACAUUCAGCUUGGAAUGGGACCUUAGGAAAUUUGUUAUCGACCAGGAGUACGUCAAUUCAGGCCCAACUAUCCUGGACCAUAUUCUUUGUGUUACCGGCACCCGACGACGUGCCCAAGCAACAACCGUCCAGCAGUAUUUCGAGCAGACUUGGCCUGGUUUAUACCAUCCUCUCCUCUCUCUUUUGAAUAAAUUCCUAUCAUCCACCCAGUUUACUUCAUGCAAUCUCAAACUGUCAGACGAAUCAUCGUUGACUAUAAUGCAAGACCAAUCUCACUGCCGCAUCAUUGUGAUAGGGGAAUUCGAGUUUGUCGUCGAGAUUGGCGAGCAACUGGGAUGGCUAGGCUCUGCUUUACGUCCAUCAGAGCUCGCCCAGGGUGUAGUCGAUUGCGAACCCUGGAUCUGGUCGGUUAAUAUUGAUGGCCAGAGCACCCAUAAGGGCAACAUCACAACAUAUGCGACCUGUCGGAUCAAGUUCCAUAUAAGUGAAAUGGACAGCUCUGAUCCUUUGCUGUCGGGAUUCUGUUGGGCCAGUAUGUUCCAAAACCCUGUGAUCGUCGCAGGCUAUCCGAUUCGCCAUCGCGACCAGGGAGACACUGGCCUCGAAAUUCCCCUAGAAGUCAUGGCAGAACUGGUGCAAUCCAACCAGGUGUUCAAUAUGGAUGGAAAUAUCAUGCUAAAAGGGUUUUGUUCGCUUCUGGUUGUAACAGCUCUUGAUGCAGAUGCUAUCAUUUGGCAUUUCUUGUUCAACGCAGAUGGCAAACGAAUCUCUUAUUGCGACGCGCGGCUGGAGGGACCCGAGGGAAUGCGGAUUUCCACCCCCAAGGGCUUGGAACUUAAAGAUCUCGAAACCCGUCGGCACAUCGUUGGGUGGUGCUCACACGUCCGAGAGUUCACAGGACAUCCUCAAGCGGGGUUUGGCGUACAACGCUCUAUCCUGCCCCCUUUUCCAAACUCAUUCGUGAUCGACAAGUUGUAUGUUGAAAGUGGUUCUGGCUUGAUCGGCGGCAUUUCCGUGUCACCUGGCAAACGCGAUAAACCUCUUCGCCUGGCCAGGGAGAGGGGCUUCUCAAGAAUGCUAGCCUGGAUCUAUGCUCAGUCCUUAGUGUUAGUGGACGUUGACGAUCGAAGAGCGUGGCUGGUUGACGGUGCAUCCUGUCUGUUGCACCUAGUUCGAGCCUCGAUCGAGCAAGACAGGAACCAUCCAGCAUAUAAGACCAAGUGGAAACUUCCAGGAGCACUCAAGCUUGAAGGGGAUGAUUUUCUAGGGUUGGCCGGGGACCAAGGCAUGACCGCUGUUGAAAUAUUGGGGAAUCCCGACAACCUCAACGUUCAGCUGUACGUUGAUGAUGUGGAGCCGAACGCGAAGGGAGAAUUGGUUGAAAUCCCCUACCACCUACGUAACAAGGUUCAAGAGGUUCUACCUCAGCUUGAAGCACUUGUAGACAAGCAAGCCGAAGUUGCUGCCCAAGACGGUUACUGGAUCCGUCCAUCGAGCAAACCGCUAGAGAAAAGUCUUGCAGGAUGGGAUUUCUGGGAUAUCGCAGGACCGACCGGUCCGAUUCAUCGAAGAAUCUACCAUUUGCAAGCAAGCGGCCGUGGCUGGGUUGAUUACAUCCGGUCUAUCAAGGCCGUCACCAUCUUCGGGAAAGGGUUCGGAGAGUUACUCGAGCCCGAGGAACGGAAUAUUUGCCCAAACUGGAUGACUGUUCCAAAGAGCAAGGAUUACCUGGGCUCUUCCAUUGCAACAUUGAAAAAGAUCCAUGCAUCGACUAACAUCCAGCCCUUGGAUCCGGGGUUGAUCACUGCGGAUAUAACGUGGUCGUCACAAGCUACGCUCUUCUCACCAUGUGCUUGUUUGGAUUCGCAUGGAGAAACGCCUCCGCACCAUCAUGAUCCAGUCCAGCUGCUCUUACCAAAGGGACGAAAUCUUCAUCUUGAUAUUCCCAGCACAUGUUUA